AUGGAAGUUUAUGCAGUCUUUAAAGGACUUCUGUUUUUGCUAGUAGCGAUUGUUGGAGUUCCUGGAAACUUGGCCAUCAUUGGAUCGCUCUCUUGGAGAUCUUGCUCUAGUGAUAAGCUGCUGCCAGUUGAACUAAUCUUAUGGAAUUUGUCAUUUGCGAAUACAAUAUUAGCUUCUACCAGAGGUCUUCCAGCAGCAAUGUUUAUGUUGUUUGGAACAAGAUUAAAUGAUGAUGCCGGCUGCAAAAUUGUAGUUUAUCUAUCCAGGAUAUCAAGAGGGAUGGCGUUCUGUUUAACAUGUGUUCUCAGCUGUGUUCAGUGUGUAACACUACUUCCACCUUCUUCAAAAUGGGCUCAUAUAAAACAAAAUGUUCCAAAGUAUACUUUUCCAGUCACCUUUUUUCUGUGGUUGUUGUAUGUGAUAAUGGAAAUAGAAUUACUUACAUUUUCAGGUCAUCAAACAAAUUAUACCAACCCAGAACUGAUAUUUAAUUAUGGAUAUUGUUCCUCAAUUAUUCCAACUAUUGUUUUCUAUUAUGUUUAUGGCUUUCUCUUUUUCGUCCGUGAUCUCAUUGUGGUAGGUCUUAUGACUAUAGCUAGUGUCUAUAUUUUACUGGUUUUGUUUCAACACAGGAAACAAGUAUAUGAUAUUAGAAACUCUAACCAGAAGAGUGAUGUGGAGAUCAGAGCAGCUAAAACUGUAGUGUCCUUAGUCACAAUGUAUAUAGUGUUCUUUGGGGUUGAAAACACUAUAUGGCUUUAUCAAAUAGCAGUUUCAAAAAUAAUUCAUCCUAUGGUUACCGAUGUUCAACAUUUCUUUUCAAUUUGUUAUACCUUUUUCUUUCCCAUCUUAAUCAUUACGUCAAAUAAAAAAAUUCAAAAUGUGUUUAAAUGUUCUCAGAAACAGUCUACUCAUAAUGACACUGUUUCAGCUUUUCCCUGA